AAAACUGCCGGUAACAAUAAUCAAGUUUUGAGUUUUUGAGUCGAUUUGAUAUUUAGGCCACACUUUAACAAAUUGUUAGAAAACUGUGUGGACACGAUCUGCGUUAAUGUUAUGCUAAAUAUUUGGCAAACAAUUGACAAAUAGUGUGUCCUAAGGAAGAAUGCCCUCAAUAUUGAGUAAGGUGUUGAUGCCUGACUGGAGUGUGCCAUACAAUUGCUAUGAAGUGGUCACACGUGGACGCCUUCAUGUUCUGAAGCGGCGCUUGAGUUGGGCUUAAAUGUAUUGAAAGAAUCCAUUAAAUUAUAUACUCCUUUAUAUUUGUUAUCUCAAGGAUUGUCGAAGAAGUUUGACUCGAAUGGACUAAAACAAAGCGUACAAAGUAUUGUCCGUUCGUCACUCUUCCUAAGUUUUAAUGGCUU